AUGUUAUUAUGGCGACGCGGUCUCUGGCGCUCCUGCCGUAAUGGCCUGGGCCUGCAAGACGCGACGGGCAGAGGGAUCCACUUGGCGAGGUUGUGCUUGACAGGGCCGCCCAAAGAGGCAGGAACACCCUGCGGGUCGUCCCCGCCAAUCAUGGGCAGCGGUGGUGCCGUCGUCAACUGUAAAAAGCGGGGCGUCCAGCGAGCCGGCGGUGGCGCCAGGGCGUGUCAGCGUGUCGGGCCAAGCCACUUUACGCGCUGCGGCGUUCAUGAGGCCCUAAAACGCCCUGAUCAAGCAGACUCCGACACCAAGCGGACACUGUUGCCUUCAUGA